GUUUGUAGCCGUCCGACGGAUCAGUGGUGCCACCUGACGGCAGCGGGGCCGUCGUCAAAAAUCAAGAGUCAUCAAAGCUAGGGCUGAUAAGGGUAUCGCGUCGACGCGUCGUUAUCAUAUCGGCGAUCCCCGAAUCCGACGAUAACAACAAGUCACGACGACCGCCCGUCGCCCGACACCCAACUUCCAGAGUCCCGGACCAGAAUAUGCGGGACACCACGAACCGCGUACCGCAUCGGCCGGCACAUCGACUUCUCGGCGCGUGACUCAUGCGUCCUCGCCGCGGUAUGAGUCACGGACGGACGGCGGAAAAAAUGUCGAUUCGCACGAUUUUUCGCAACUCCGGCGGAGACCUAGAUAAUUUGUCGCCAAAAACUGUAAACAAUCGUACCAAACAUAAUAUUAUGGACAACAUGCGGCAUAUGAUUGGACUUCGUUUAUUGUUAAGUCUGUACGCUGCACCGGACACGAAUAAUACGAUCAAGACGACACAUCUUCUAUGAGGGAUAUCGCUGUUACCUUUAAACGCUCAAAAUGCUACAGCUACAUCAAAACGGUUCAACAAAUAAUGGUUACACUAACUGUAUUGCAAGAGCCAUGUAUGAUAACAUUGCUGAAGCACCUGAUGAAUUAGCAUUUAGAAAAGAUGACAUAUUAACAGUAUUAGAACAAAAUACAGCUGGUCUUGAAGGAUGGUGGUUAUGUUCAUUAAGAGGCCGUCAAGGGAUAUGUCCUGGAAAUCGAUUGAGACUAAUACCAGGUGUGUAUGAAGUGACCGAACCCCAAAUUAUAUCAUCAAAUUGUAUCCAAGAUCAAAAUCAUUUCAAUCAUGAAAGCAAGCAUCAAAGCUGGCACGCAAACCUGAAUACAGUGACGUCACAACAGAAACUAGGUGACCUCCUUACAUAUGAUACUCCUCAAAAAACUGUUGAUACUAAUGGCUAUAAUAUUCCACCUAUAAAUCAUGCAUUAGAUCGGCUAACAAGCGAUUUUACAAAACGACCACUCAGUAUUGGAAGCAGUAGUGGCUGCUGUAGUGAUAGUUAUGAUCCUCUCCCAAACCAACAUCCUCUUGUUUCAAAAGAAAGCUAUGAUGUACCAAGACAGCUGAAUAUACAAGUUACUCCAAGUAGUUCGAUCAGCUCAUUAUCAACUGGUGGUAUUUGUAGUAGUACAAGCGAAAGUGAAUCUAAUCGGUCUAGUAGUAUUGGACUGGAUUAUGAUAUUCCUAGAAACCGAACAUUAGCUUCUUUACCAUCUGAAUUACAGAAUUUAACUAUUAGUAGUCAGGACUACGAUGUUCCAUCAACUAGUUUGCAACCUAAAGAAUUAUCUAUAGACUUGAACUGUGCACUGGAAUGCUUAGACAAAUUAACAUCAGAAGUCUCUUCUAAUACUACUCAGCUAUUAAAUUAUGCUGGACCAAAUUGGAGGAGCCAAAAAAAUUUGGAAGCCAAUCUUCUUGAUAUCAAAAUUAUAUCUUUACGACUUAAAAAUAGUUUACACCAAUUUAUUGUAUUUUCAGAAGGAUGUCUAGGAAAUGCAGUUAAUGCUCGUGAUAAAGGGAUCUCAACUAAACUUCAUCCAUUAGUAUUUGAUUUAAUGAAAACUAAUAAAAUGAUAAGUUUUUCCACAAAUGCUUUGGAUUGCCUUGACUGGAAACCAAAUUUAUUACACAGAGAUUCGAACAAUGAAUGUGAGUAUUCUGAAGACGCCUUGGAUAAGCUAAUUUCAUGUGCCAAAUUAUUGACUGAUGACAUUCGUCAGAUCACAUCUUUUAUUAAGGGUAAUUCAACGUUAUUGUUUAAAAAAAAAUUAAUUUGUGCUGAUGAUGAUGAAGAUGAUGAUUAUGAAUACAUAGGUGAUGAGAAUGGCAAAAAGCCAAAUAUAACUAGUGCUUCCAUUAAAAGUGACAGUCCUUUUUCUGGACUUUCUACUAAUGAUAAAAAAAUAUUUAAUUUCUACAGUCAUCAAAUUGUCAGUCAAUCUGAUUUGUUAACUAGUCACAUUAACACGUUUUUACAAAUUGUUGAAGAGAACCGCCCACCACCAGUAUUUGUUAUGAAAGUCAAGAAUAUAAUAUUAAUUGCACAUCAAUUGGUUAUUGUUGGCGAUACAAUAUGUCGAAAUGUACAAGAGUCAACUGUGAAGAAUCAUGUGGAACAGUGUUCAAAAGCUUUAUCUGCAGGUAUUUCGACAGUAGUUCAAAAAUCUAAAAUAGCUACACAGUUAUUUCCUAGUGUAACUGCUGUACAAGAAAUGGUAGACAGCGUUGUAGACAUUUCGCAUAUUGUGAAUGAUCUGAAAAUAUCUGUUUUAAAAAUAAAAUGAUUCUUAUGUUUGUCCGUAUUCUGUUUAGUAUAUAGCUCAUGGUGUUUUGUGCUGAAAUGUAUAGCAAAUGGUCUACUAUUGUACUUCAUUUAAAUCAUGUCAGUAAAAAUGGAAACGAUAUGAGUCCAGGUGACUGUAGUGAUGAUAAAAUAAAUUUUAUAUUAAAUUCAUAAUCUGUACAUUAAGUAAUUUAUUUUAACAUUAUUCUUCCAUUAGUAAAUAAUCCAUCACGAAAAAAAUAACAAUUAUUUGCAUUGAAAAAUUACAUUAUUAGUAGUUAUUUUUCAAUCGCUCCUAAUAAUUUUAGUGAGACACUGAACUUUGUCUAUGAACUAUUAAAAAAAAAAAUACCAAUUAAUGGGCAAUGUAAGACAUUUUUCAUCAUACCUAGUUGUUUAUUGAUAUCAAAUUUUUACAACAACCAUGGUAACAAUAAUAAAUGUUAUAAGCGUUACAAAAAUCAGUAAAAAAAAUAGUAGUCAAACCAAAAACAUAUUUAUUUUAAAAUAUUAAAACUGAUUGGUAUUAAGAUAUUUUUAUUUAGUCACUAUAGCUGUGAGAAUGUAGAUGUUAAUUAUUUUACUUUGAAUUGGAUUAAUAAAAAAUGUAUUUACUUGCAUUACAACUAACUUCUUUAGAUUUGUUUCCUAAUUAUAAAGUAUUAUAAAUGUUACACGUCAUGAUGUAGUGUGUAGAUUUAACAGACCAGAAUUUUUUUGUAAAUUUAAACAUAAAUUCUGAAUAUUGAAAAUACUUAAACAAUAAAUUGACAAUAAUUAAUUAAUAUUAUAAAACUAUAUGACAAAUAAUAUACUAUUUAUUUUUUAAUUAUUUGUGUCAUUAAUUUUAUAUGUUUAAAUGUUAACAUGAAAAAAGUUUUAAGCGUCAAUAAAUGAAAUUUAUUUGGCCAACAGUCUGCUCAAAUUAUUUUACUGUUGAAUAUAAAUAUUCAUUAAAAAAUUAGUAGUGUAGUGUUCAUAGCCUAAUGUACGGUGUCUUUAAUAGUUUAAUUCAUUAAUUUUGUUACUCAUGGUUUAUUGUAUGCAACCUGACACAAUAGUGACAUUAAUUUCCAACCCUCCAAAACUAGGCAAGUGAAAAAGUUUUAACUGAUCCACAAACUACAGAGAUUAAUCCAAUAAUAAAUUAUUCAUAUUAUUUUGUUAAUUAUUUAAUUUUUAUUUAUUGAGAUUUAUUGUGAAGUACAAAGUACAUAAUACUAUAGUAGUUCUACAUUCAGUAUUAAAAAUAAUUACUCCACAAAUUUUUAAUUAUGGGGAAAAUAUAUUACACUAAAUUUAAAUGUCUAUUCAUACUUCUAUAAUCAACAGCAUACUUCUACAAUCAUUACAAAUUUGAAAUAUAUAUUCUUUGCGUUUCUAUAAAACUAAAAAUUGUGAAUGUGAUUUUAAAUUAUAUGGUCCUCAGUUUUUAAUUUUUAUACUUUGGUCGAUUUUUAUUUUUAAAUAAAUACAUUUUCCCUUUAAAUACUUAGUAAUAAUUUUUUUAUACUAAAAUAAAUGAAUCAAGGUUGCUGUG